AUGGAAGGGGUUCUCGGAGUGAGUACAAGUCUUGAGGAUAAUACAUGGGAGCCAGAGGAGAACCUGGACUGCCCUGACCUCAUUGCAGAGUAUAUGCAGAAACACAAAGAGAAGGAGGAGAAAAAGAAGGAGACCAAGAGGAAAGCUGCCAGCGAGGCCUCCGGAGACUCUGAAGAGCGAGGGAGCAAGAAGAAGAAGGAGGAGGGUGAGAAGGCCAGAGGUUUUGGUAGAGGUCUGCAGCCGGAGAGGAUUAUUGGAGCGACGGACUCCAGUGGAGAGCUGAUGUUCCUCAUGAAGUGGAAGAACUCGGAUGAAGCCGACCUCGUCCCAGCCAAGGAGGCCAACGUCAAAUGUCCCCAGGUGGUCAUCUCUUUCUACGAGGAGCGCCUCACCUGGCAUUCAUACCCCACGGAGGAGGAGGAGAAGAAAGAGGAGGAGAAAAAAGACUAG